AUGCUAAAAUCUUUAUUAUUAGUACUCCUUUUGGCUUUGGUCACGUUAUCGAAGCAUAUUGGAAAUCAAAUAAUCGAAUUAGACGAAGUCAAUUACUAAGUAAUAAUUAAAGUAAUUGAUUCCUCUGGGUAUGCUUUAUCUGGAGUGAUUGUUAAUGCUAAGAAUCUUAAUACAAUUAUUGGAGAGAAAGAUCAAAUGACUGAUGGUGCAGGUAUUGUGACUUUUACUGGAAAAAUCACAAAACAAACUUCUUAUCAAAUCACAGCAAUUGCAUCAACUACUUUUAACGACAUUACAACUUCAGGUAAAAUAGACGGGGUUGUGGAUUCAAAAGGCACAAUUGUUUUUAAUGGCAAAUUACAAUUCACAUAAUCAAAUGUUUAAGUUCAAGAUGUGUUUUAACGAGGAUUAAUAAUAUUAAAAACCCAAUCAAACUCCAAACCUCUCCCUGGUGUAGUUGUAAAGUUCACAGCCAUUUACUCAGAAGAUAAAUAAACUAAGGAAAUAAAUUUCAAAGCCACAACGGAUGAAAAAGGUGAAGAAUACGUCAGAUUUUUGUUGCCUUCCCAAAAGCCUGCUUUUAUUAUUCUCUACACCGCCUCAAAAAAUGAAUAUUGGAAUUCUUUAUAAAUGAACCAUAAUGCUCAAGAAUUUGCAUUAUCUCCUGUGAAGAAAUAUGAACUACCGAUAACAAUAAAUUUGGAUCCUGGUUAAUUCAAGUUUAUACUAACAGCAUUAAUUUAAGAUCAAACAAAUAAGCCAUUGACAGGAGCUAAAUUAUAAAUAGGAGGAAUGAACUUGGGUUCUAAUGCAGAACUAGAAUCACUCAAUGCAGCAAGUGGAGCAGAUGGAAAGAUCAGUCUCACUUUACCACUAAAAGCAACUGAUAAGAUUCAUGUGAAGGAGUAAAUCACAAAGGAUGAAUAUAUUGGACAGAGUAAAGAAUUUGAUGAAUUGUUUGAUUUAAAUGUCAAAAAGGAUUAAUUCACUCAUGAUUUAGGAAUAAUAAUAUUAUAAGAAGCAUCCGGAGAUCUAUAAAUUUCUGGAAUAAUUACUGAUUCAUCAAAGUAGGUUCAGUUUGUACAAGGAGCAACAAUAGUGUUUACAAUUUUAGACAGCAUAUAACCAGUAUCAGCCACUACGGAUGCUCAGGGUAAAUUUAAGGCUGAAAUCUAUGUACCUGCAAAUAAAGAUUUGCAAUUAAAAGCAACAGUCACAGCCAAAGGAUUUAUGAAUAAGGUAGCUGCUCCAAGAUAAAUUAAUGUGUCUUCUAAAUAACCUCUAUAGAUAUCCUUUGAUGUAGUUUUGGAUAGAACAAUUAAAAAUAUCAAAAUAAAAGAUAAACUCAUCGAUCCAAGUGGUAAACCUGUUCAAAAUGCAAUUGUUAAAAUUGUUGAGAGUAAUCCAACAAUGCCUGAUAAAACUCUAUAUAAUAAGGAGAUAAUCGAUAAUGCAGAUGGUUCAUUCGAAUAUCCGUUUAGUUGUUACGAAGAUGUAAAGUUUUAAGCAACCUUUGUAUUUCAAGUACCUUAAUUUGUGCCUGUCACAUAUAAAACAGGAGAUUUAGAGUGCAAAGACUAAGAUUUAUUGAAAUAUUCAAUGACAUUGUCAAAAUAGACAUCAAUUCUCUUAAUCAAAGGGUAAGUAAUAGAUGUGGAUUAAAAACCAAUGAAAGGAGUAGCUCUUAAAUUCAAGUCUGACCCUGUAUUAGAUGUGCCAAAUGCUAAUUUAGUUACCGAUGCAAAUGGUAAUUGGUAAGUUGAAAAAUUAACUGUCAUUCCAACAACAACUUAUAAAUUUACCAUUGAAUAUACUAAUGAUGUCAAAUAAGUAGUAGAAGUACUAUAGACAUUUACUCCUACAAUGGAUAAGGAGUAGACAUUCAACUUUCCAAUUAUUGGAUUUUAAAGAUAUGUUAAAGCUAAAAUUGCAGGUAAGAUAGCCCCUGUAGACGGUAAAGGAGCUAUCCCAUUACCUUUAGUCAUAACAUGUGAUGGCAAAGGAAAAGAUGGGAAACCAAUUGUUUUAGAAACUACAACAAAGGAAGAUGGAUCAUAUUCAGUAGAUGUUGAAGUAUUAGUAGGAGCAGAUAAACCAUUAUCAUGUGUUGUGACUAAUGGGGGUGCUGGUAGUGGUAGUAAUGCUGCUUCACCUGUGUAACCCAUAAAAGUAGAGACAAAGGUAUCUGCUCCAACUUGGAUUAGCAAUACAAAUAUUCCAGUUACUUAUAAUACAGUGGACAUAGUAUUAAAAGGAACUGUCAGUGAUAAAACUAAAACAAUUACAACUGUUGAAGGUGUAGAUAUUACUUUAAUUAUCACUCCCCAAGAUGUUUACAUUUAAAAUCCAGGUAAGCAUUUACUUGAAUAGUACAUUUUAAUGAAAAGACAUUUCUAAAGUACAUCUCAAUCCAUAUUGUAAACAAAAUCUGCAAAAGAUGGGUCCUAUGAAUUUAAAUUUAAAGCUGUUUAAGCAUAUCCAUUAAAAUUUGAGAUUUAAGCAAAAAAAGAUCCAAUAUUUACUCCUUAUGAAAAGAAAGGAAUUGAAGAGAAAUGUUUGAAAUCGGAAACUCUAACUGAAGACAUUGAAAUAGACAGAGUUAGGAUGUUGACAAAAUUACACUCAAUUUUAAGCGGCACUGAUAAAAAGCCAAUAAUUAAUGCAUCUGUCAAAAUGACUUCAUCGGACCCAAUUAUGAAAGAUUCUAAAUAUUACAAUUUACCAGUUAAAGAUGACGAUAAAGGAUCCUUCUUUUUGGAUUUCGAAUGCUAUAAAGAUUUUGACUAUGUAGUUGAUUUAUAGAUAGAUGUACCUCAGUAUGUUCAAUAAAACAUCAAGAGUUCCAAAUUCAAAUGUUCUUAAGCUCUAACAGAACUAAGUCCUAUUACUUUAACUUUGGAGAAAAUACAAAUUAAAGCCAUUCUUUCAGGUAAAGUGAUUGAUCCUUCUGGAAAUGGAGUACCUAAUUUAGCUAUGAGUCUCACAACAGAUCCAGAAAGUGCAACUGUAGAAACUAAGACUUUAACAGAUGGAACAUGGACUGUAACUGAUUCUAAGAUCUAUCCAAAUACAGAUUACAAAGCCAUAAUCACUUAUUUAGACAUCAAUAAAUAACAGUAAAAAAUAGAAUAAAAGUUCACAAUUUAAAGUGACAACUAAAAAGUUCAAAUUCCAGAUAUAAAUUAUUAAGCUAUUGUGAAUGCCAAAAUAUAAGGAAAGAUUGAUUUAGAAAAAGGAACUUUAAGUUCACCAGUCAAAAUCAAUUUAACAUGUCCCAAAUUUAAAGAUGCUAAAGGAGUUGAAAUUAAUCAAGAUUUCUCAACUGAUAACAAUGGAAAUUUCGAUAUUCCUUUACAAAUAUUGGCUAAACAUGAUGAUAAAAUAGAAUGCACACUAAAAACAAAAGAUUCUCUAUAAGAAACUACAUAAAAAGUUGAAUUAGUGGCUCCAAAGUUUUAAGUUUAAGGAAUUUCGAUAAAAGCUAAAUUAAUUACUACGAUAUUUACUAUAUCAGGGAAAUUAAUAGAUAAUUCAAAAGUGGAAGAUAAAUUACCCGGAUUAAAAAUAACAUUAACAUUGAAACCAUCAGACCCUAUUUCUAGUUAACCUAUUAUUAGUAAAAGUAUUAACGAUGGAACAUAUUCUUUAAUUGUUGAAGUUGUAAGAGGUAUAACUUAUGAGGCUGCAAUCAAUAUAGAUGCAUAACCUUAAUUUAAUGUUGUUAAUGAAAAAUUGCAAUUACUUGGUAAAGAAGAUAAAUAAAGUAUUUCAAAAGAUAUUACUCUAAUAAGAUCUAUUGUAGAUUGUACUAUCAGUGGAUAAUUGGUGGAUAUGAAUUAAAAACCAAUCCCUAAUUCAAAAAUUGAAAUUUUAAGUUCAGAUCCCCAAAUGACUAAUGCUUAGCUAUAUAAUAAAUUUGCUAUUGCUCCAAAAGGAGAUUUCUAAUUGCCAUUUUAAUGUUACAAUUCUGUUUCAACAACUCUUAAGAUGGAUAUGGAAUCAGAUGUAUAUCCUAAAACAGCCUUAUCGCCAUAAGUAUUUACCUGUGGAGAGAAAGACCUUAAACUAAAGCCUAUUGUAGUAUCUACAAAAUCUGUUCAGAUUACUGUUUCUGGUGUUUUAACAGAUAGUAGUGGAGUGACCAAAAAUGUAUAAAAUGCUCAAAUAGAAAUAAUUCUUAAUCCUGCUGAUCCUUUAGCAUCAAACUUGUAAACAAAGUCAGAUUUAAAUGGCAAGUAUUCUUUAAGUUUUGGUGCAGUCUAAGAUUAGAUAUACACAGCUGUUAUAUAAAUAACUAAUUCUGACUUUAAUCCAUAUAAAUCCUCAAAUAUUCAGAUUAAAGCUGAUAAAGUAUAAACUCUAACACAUGAUGCAACAAUGGAUAGAAUCAUACUGUAAGCAACCAUUACUUCGACAAUUACCGAUCCAUCAGGUAAAGCACCUCCAACAUCUACUUUGACAGUUGAAUCCUUAUAACCUACAGUUAAAGGAACCGAAAAAACUUAAAUAACUGGAAAAACUGAUGCUGCUGGAAAAUUCAGUUUAUAGGCCCCUUGUUAUAAGAACGUAGAUGAAUCUUUUGUAUUAGAUGUUAAAGCUGAUAAAUACAAAGAUGUAAAAUCAGAUAAGAUUCAAUUUUCAUGUUCUGGUCCAGCUAUAUCUAUACCCCCAGUUAAAAUUAAAUAUGAAUUAGCGCCUACUAACACAAAGUUAACAGUUGGAGGAGAAAUAAUUGGACCAAAGGGUAAAGGUCAAUCAGGUGUGAAUGUCAAACUAACAUCAGAUCCUGCUACUAAAGAUUUUGAAGCAAAAACUGGAUCAGAUGGUAAAUGGUCUAUUUUAGAUGAUCAAUUACAAUUUGGUGCCAAAUAUCAAUUGACAGAAUCAUUUAAUGAUGCUAUCGGCCAAAAUCAUAAAGUUACAUAACCCUUUUAAACAAAUGAUGAGAAAUCUGAAAUGACAUUUGCAAAAUAGUAUUAUGAUGAUUUUGUACCUUGCGAAAUAGAUGGUAAAAUAACAACAGAGGGAGGAAUUUUCCCAUCCAAUGUUCUGGUUAGUUUGUAAUGUGAUGCUUUUGGUGAAAAUAAAGUACCUAUUGAUCUUAAAACAAAUACAGAUUCUACUGGAGCAUAUUAAUUCAAAUGGAAGAUGCUCAUGAAUGCUAAUUCUAAUGUUGAUUGUUUACUUAUUUCACAUGAAACUGCCAAAUUCUAAUAAACAAAUAGUAGAUUCAAAAUAAAUCCUAAUAGUGAUGUUAUGAAGAUCACCACUUAAGCUCAGGUGACAGAACAAUUCAAAGCACAACUUACUAAAUAUUACCAAUUUACUAUAAUAAAUGGUGCUGUUAUUGCUGAAUUCGAUUGCAACUCAAAAUUAGAAUGGAAAGGAUUAGAAGGAGUCAAUAUUAGACUUAAGUAAUGGAAUGGAGUUGACUAUGUAGAUCUAAAAAUUGAAACAAAGAGUGACAAAGAUGGUCUCUUUGUUAUUAAGCAUUAAAUUCUGAAAAGUUAAAUUUAAAAUGAGAUGAGAUUAGAAUUUACAAAAUAAAAUUACAUUCCAACUACGGCCGAGUUUAAUCUUUAUUCAUUUGAUCCUUAAUCAGAUGGAUCAUAUCUUGUCUAAUUAUCCAAUAUUAGGAUGGUCAAAAUUGGUUUGCCAGACAAAUGCCCAUCAAUUAAGAAAAAUAAACAUCAUCAAUGA